AAAAAAAAUUUAUUUAUUCCGAUUGUAGAAAAAAGUGUAUUGUUCCCUAAUCUAAUUUGAUUCAUUGAAUGUGUAACUACAGGUCUUUAAAAAUGUCAAUAUUUCUAAUAAAACUAACGAAAAACAUUUUUUACUAAAUGUAUUUCAACUACGAUAUAAAUUUACGUUAAUUUUUAAAUUUUACUAAUUGAUUCAAAGUAUUGUUUGAUGAUAGACAAUCACACAGUCAUUAACAAAAAUGGGUUUUAAAAAACGGGUAAAAUCGCUUGUGACCUGCGUUAAUUUUCUAUUAGCACAGGUCUUUACUAUCAGAAUGACGACUUGGUUGAGUUUGGUAGUGCCGUUGGUGUAUUUGUGGUGUAGGUGUAAGGCAGAGGAUGAGUUGGUAUCAGUUGUAGAAAUAUUUAGACAUGGAGACAGAACUCCAGCUUUCUUUUAUCCAAACGAUCCCUACCAAGAUCCAAAAUAUUGGAAUGGCCUCAAGGAAGGAGAUCUCACAGAGAAAGGAUCACAGCAACUCUACAAUCUAGGCCAACAAUUUAAAGACCGCUACAAGGAUUUCCUUGGAAACGCUUACAACCCAGAUGAAAUAAUAGUAAUGUCAACCCAUAUGUCUAGAACCGAAAACUCAGCAAAAUCAUUUAUGUCAGGUUUAUACGGAGGGAUAGAAAUACCGAUAAAAAAAGAAACAGCUGUAGCCAACCAAAUUAUCACAUGUUUAAAGUUUGACUAUUUAUACAAGAGAUCAGAACUCUCAGAUCCAGAUAUCGUGGACAUAAAUGAAAAAAAUAAGGAUCUGUACCAAUACUUAUCUAACCAUACAAAGCUUCCGGUUGGAGGAUUGUUUAGAGCAUCUGGUGUAUUGGAUACGCUAAAAAUUGAACAAGACGCAAAUCUGGAAUUGCCAGAGUGGGCGAAUAACGUUAUGGGAGAUACCAUGCAGCGAGUAAGUAAAACUGCUGCAGAGUUUUUCUGCUACACCAAAGAGAUGCAAAAGCUUGGACUGGGAUCUCUGAUGAACCACAUCAUCGAAAAUUUCGACAACAUUAUUAGUGGCAAAAAGGAAGCCAAAACCCUAAUAUUCAGUCUCCACGACCUCAAUCUCAUCUGCUUCCUACAGUCUUUCAAAUACCCAGAAAUAGCUCAACCAGGGUUUGCAAGUAGUAUUUUCUUCGAAUUAAAGAAAAGCAAAACCAACGGACCGUAUUAUGUGAACACUUUCUACAAGCCAUCAGUUGAGCAGACACCAAUACCCAUCAACGUUGCUGGUUGCGAUUUGGAUUGUGAUUUGGACGAAUUCAAAAAUAUUUUUAGGGACUUAAGACUAUCUGCUGGUCAGUGGUACAGUGAGUGUUAUGCGUUCGGUCUCUUCGAUAAACUCUUUCCUACAAAGGAACAUUAGUGUUGUGAAAAAUUUUAAUACUCAUUAAGACACGGCUAUUUAUUGAUUGUUGUUUGUUUCGAUUUAUCUGACUGCUGAUUUGUACAAAGACUGUAAAAAACUUAAAAAUUAUAGUACAUAAAACAAUUAAUAA